AUGAAGUUCUCUCUAGUCUUGACCAUCAUCCUUUUCACCAGUCUCCUUGGUACCUCUGCGUCCGCUAAGCAGUCUAUUAGGGGACCCGAAAGCUACGAUGAAUUUGGAGGCCCCAAAGCAUCUCAGGAUGCUGGCAACUCCAACAACAGCAACAACAACCGAGCCGAGCAAAUGGAACUGCUUUGGGCGCAUGAAGAGAUUCGCAACACUUUGGCCGGUUGGCACAAGGUUGUCGGUGCCACCACCUGGGGCACCCCCGAAGAUCGUGUCGAGAGUGAGGCGGAGUUUCGUUCUUUCAUGGACGAGCACCUUACAGAAGACUUUGUUUUCAACAACACCAUGUGGACUGGAGAGACGAUUGCUUAUGACGAAGGACGCGACGUUUGGGUAGAGACGGAGCUUGGCAAUUUGUUUCCAGGAGCCAACAUUCACGUACUCAUCAGUCAGCCCUACAUUACGGCUGACCUCGCCAAUGGAACGGCGGAUUUGUACUACGAACGUACUCUUUACCUUGGAACUGAUUUGGCUCCUUUUAGCUUUGCUCUCAUGCGUGGCAAUUCCAAGUGGCGCGAGGAAGAGGGUACGUGGAAGAUGGCUUCCAUGGAAUAUGAACAGUUGAACCGCGAGUAA